AUGCAGAAGAAAAAAGAGCAUCAGAAGACUAAAUCAGAGAAGACUUCUUUGUACGGAAAAGUAAAAAGAUUCUUUUUUGGCACGUCCAAGAGAAAGGCUGUAGCAGAUGCGCCUAAAGACGCACACACUGCAGAAGAAGUCCCGCCUAAAAAAAGGAACACCAAAACACUGCCAUCCUCUUCGGAAGUAAUAGCACUCAAAGACAAUAGGAAACACAAAGACAGUGAGGAUAGCGAGCCUGCCAUGCCACUUGUACAAGAGGAGCAGGCUGCUCCCAUACUAUUGCUGGAAGCGCCUGUCACUACAGAAGUGCCAUUGUUAGAAAACAAAAAAAGUCUGGUAGAAGUACCUGUGCCCACACUAGAGAGCAUUUCUGUAGAAGAGUCAGCUGCCGCAACUGACCAAGCUGUAAUCACUGCCAUUAUGGUAUGCGAAUCUUCAAAGGACUACCCAACCACUGAACACACGCCAGCCACUGUGCCAGUGAAUGGCCCUGUGCUAGUGCAUGAAAACACAGUGAGUCAAGCUGUUAGUGGCAGUAUACAGAGCACAGUAGAGUCAGAUAAGCAGUCUGAGGAGUCUGCUAUUACUGAGCAGCAGAGUGCUCUAAGCAGCCUUCUAUUCUUCAUAAACGAGAUGAAUGAGAUUGCCAUGUGCACAGAUGCAAUGAGUGACAUCACAUACUUCCCGGCUCUAGUCUUCUUCAAUGAAACCAGAAAAGGCAAUAGUAUGCCAGAUGACAUUGUUUCGUCAAACUAUGCAUUUCACAGCCUGGGCAAGUGCCAGCCAGCAAACACAACC